CGUCUGCAUUGCAAUUAAGUAAUUUAGCCAGUGUGUCCAUCCCAUGCAAUACCUUCAGUGACAGUCAAAUACCCGUUCUUCUAAUAAGUCAUGAGUAAGGAGUGGAGGUAGGCUACACACUGAAAUUCAGUAUUUAUCAGCUAGUGGGAAGGAGAAAUGCGUACACACAGGCGGCAAUAUUGUUCCACCCUAUGAUCGUUGAGGUGAAUCAGGAUGGGUUUCCCGCAAAACAAACUGGGCCACGUGCUGUUGCAGUUAAUUGAGGCGUGAUAUUCUCCUUACCCACACCAAAUGUGUACAGGACAGGUACAGCUUAUGGGUGAUGUAUAAUAAGGUUCCGAUAAUGUUGUCAAUUGCUAACAUUAUUGCAGUAAGCGUGAAAUAGAGGUGAAAAUUCUCCACUAGGAAACAUGAGCCUCUAUCACGUGACUGGGAUCAGCUGGGAUUUGGCGGGACCAGCCACACGGGGGCCGGUGACGUCACGGGAGAACGCCUCGCGCUCAUUGGCCGUAGUAACGUCCCUAGCUCGUGGUUGGUGGAGACGCUGUUCCCAAAAUCCUUUGCGUUAGCGGCUUCCAUUUUGAGUUGAGAUGAUGUGGUGGUGGAGAGCGGACGCGUGUUUAGUGUUGUGGUAGUCUCCGCUCGUCUAUGGUAUAGGUGCCCUGCCUUGUUAUGUGUGCUUCCAAAGCCGUAACAUUAGUGAAGUGAGGAACAUGGAUGUGUCAAUGAAGCUGGACUUUGAUAGUUGUGACGACGAGGAAGGAAGUUCUUUCCGCACGUUGAGCUCGGGCUGUGAUGAUGGUGACUUGUCAGGGGACGACUUCAGCACUGCCAUGCCCCCGACUCCGUCCCCGGCGAGGCUCUUCAGCCCUAGGAAGCCUCCCAGACCUGCCGUCAGGCCCGACAGUGAGGUGGCUUCCCAGGCUGUCGAUUCCCCGCCCUACAAGAAGAUUCGUGCCUUGCGGCUCUUCGAUUCCCCAGCAACACCAAAGACAAUAAUACAAAAAAGCACGACAGAAUCUUCAUGCCGAUCAGCAGCCACUAGGUCCAGGUUCUCCCUAGUUCGACAAAGAACACAGGUGCCCCCCGCCAGCCAUGCAACGCCCUCGCCUCCGUCAGCGGGGCAGCAGACGAAGGAGCAGCACCAGGGAAAGUGUUCUGCCAAGGAGGUCGCCAAUAUCAACCCAUUCACGCCGACGGGGAUGAUGCUGUCAAGAAAACGGACACGGUCGAAGAGAGGAUUAAGCACACCCACCGGAGUGACCCAAAUGCCCGAGAAUAUGGACCUGAGCCUGGAAGAAUCGUGUUGUAAUGACUCUUGUGAAGAGUGUGAAGAUGAAGCUGGGCGGCCUACUAAGAGAUUAGCUAUUCAUGAAGCAAAUGUUUCAAGAUACCACCAUGAAUUUUUAGAACUCGAACAAAUUGGCCAAGGCGAGUUUGGUGGAGUGUACAAGUGUCGCCACCGACUGGAUGGUUGCAUAUAUGCGAUCAAGAAGUCUCUCAAACCAGUUGCUGGCUCUAUCAAUGAGAGGAUAGCCUUGAAUGAAGUCUAUGCCCAUGCAGUGUUAGGCAAACAUCCGUACGUGGUGCGGUACUACUCUGCGUGGGCUGAAAAUAAUCAUAUGAUUAUUCAAAAUGAGUAUUGUAAUGGAGGAUCUCUGGCAGAUGUAAUGGCGAACAAACAAGAAAGAAAACUGAAUGAACACACGCUCAAACAAGUUCUGUUACAUGUUGUCAAAGGUUUGAAAUACAUCCACUCUCUCCAGCUGGUACACAUGGAUAUCAAGCCUGCCAACAUCUUCAUCUCCCGGGAACAGAAGAUCAAUUUACAAGGAGAAGAGUCUGCUGAUGAUGGGUUUGAGGAAGAACAUGUGGAAGAGGAGGAGGAGGUCACUUAUAAAAUAGGUGACUUAGGACACGUCACGUCAGUAGUCAACCCACAAGUAGAGGAAGGCGAUUGCAGAUAUCUACCCCGAGAAAUUCUUCAGGAGGACUUUUCUCACCUGCCCAAGGCAGACAUAUUUGCCCUUGGCCUCACCCUUUAUGAGGCAGCGAGAGGCGAGCCCUUGCCUCUCAAUGGAGACGAGUGGCAUGCAAUACGUAACGGGGAGCUCCAGCCUCUCCCAGGGUACAGCCUUGACCUGCAGAUGUUACUGAAGCAGAUGGUACAAGCUGACCCAGCAGCCCGGCCAACGGCAUCCCAGUUAGUCCAUCAUCCAACCCUCUGUCCACCCACUGGCAUGUCAAGAGCACAGCUUCGUCGUGAACUCAAUGCCGAGAGACUAAAGAAUGACAUAUUGUCCCGUCAGUUGAAGGAAGCGGCAAAAUGCCUCCAGAAUUUAACUCCAUCAGUGGCAUCAACCCUUGUGGCUGUGGCAUCUGGUGUGCUGGCUGGUGUGGCACCUGUUAGUGUUCCUGCUGUGCCACAUGCAAGGGCAGGGCCAACCACAAGAAAUUCUAGACUUAUUGGUAAAAAAACAAAUAGAAGUGUGAGUACAAGUAACUUUUAGCAUAUGUUUAGAAAUUAUAUGGUGGUUUUAAUAUGGGGAAGUCAGAAUUUGAGAAAUCUAAAUGGAUUAGUCACUAGUAGUUUUAGUCAUUCGAUAUGGAUUGAAAUCAUGUAUCUGCUGCAUGUGCAUUUUCUAAGGCUGGCAGGUCUGAAGGUUGGCUUCACUUGCAUACAGAUUGAGAAUGCAGAUGCAGUAACUGGUAUGUGGUUUUGGAAUGGCAUGUGGGGUGGUUUGAGUUGGAUGUUAAAGAGGUGGAUCUAGUCUCAGUGCAUGAUAUUUAUUUAUUCAUGCUAUGCUCACAUGGAUGAUAAGCCUAAGGGCCUAGGUGAGGAAUUUUAUUUUAAAAGCUGCAAACUAAGUAUUCCAGUACUGUGGGCUCUGCCUACAGAGGUCAAUGCUGUUCUCAAGAGGUUGGCAAUAUGUAACUAUAUAUUCACCAAUUACUAAGUAUGCUUGUUAAGAGGUGCUUCAGGUUUGUUUGGUUUUGUAGCCUCAGGCUGUCGUGCCUGCAUUGUGUAAUUUUGCAAUUGUGGAAGAAAAUUCAGAAUUUUAUUUGCUUACUGUACAUAUAUUCACUUGAAACUAGAUCAAUUUUCACUUUCAGACACCAAAUAAUUGUUCAAGAUCUGCAUUUUAGUUAAGUAUAAAACCUGGUUGUGCUUUUGCCCUCAGCAUAUUCUAUCAAGUUUGCAUUAUAACAAUCAUAUAAUUAUGUGCCUUAUUAAUUGUGAUAAUAGUUGUAUCGUUAAAAUAUUUUCCAAUUAGCAUUGAUACAAAAAUAUUACUUUUUUUUUUCUCAACAAAUAGGACAAUGUAUAUAAUUAUUCCAUUGAAGUUUUACUUCUGUUUAGUAAUAAAAUUUGUUUGACCAGGAUAAGCUACUACCUAUGGGAUUUUUCUUGACUGUCUUCCGUAAAGACAUUCCGUGUACUGUGAUUUCUUGCCUUCUCUGUACUGUUUUUGUAUAAAUAAAUUUUAUAUUAAUUUCA